AUGUACAUAACAAGCAUUCAGCAGCCUUCAACCGAUGAAACAGAUGCGACCCCAGUCAGGGAUCCGUCAGGCGCUCCUAGUGGGGACGUCGGUGCCGGAGGGCCAGCAACCCAGGCUGGCGCCGAUGCAAGCAGCGGUGCUGGCCCAGGGGGAAGGUCGUCAGCUCCUCAGGCUACUGCAGCCCGCAGCGCUGGUGGACCAAUGAUUGGUGAAAUGUUAAUCACAGGGGAGCAGUGCCCAUUCAUCGGUCAUGCAGAAGACACCGAGUUUGAGUUUCAUUCGGUGAAAGCGACAGGAGGACAAGCGGGACCAAUGCCAAAUGAAAGUGACCCAAGUAUGUUAAAGGAUUGUUAUUGUCUGUUUUCUGAGUUUGGUUUACGUUUUUGGUAUCUUUUAUGUAUAGCAGGUCGACAGGCAACAGAAAGCAUGAGGCAGACCAACCCACCAGAUGUGGUACAUAUACAAGGUAGCAGCAGUGUUUACAGUGGUGGGGCUGGUGUCGGCAGCGGGUCAGUGGAUGGAAGUGGGCCCAGAAUUGGCAAACUGACAAUAUCUGGAUCAAAUAAUCCGGUCAUUUUGGAUGCUACAAGGACCAAGUUUACCUUUAUAAGUACUUCACAUAAAAAGUGAAUGUGUCAACUGUAAUCACUAUAACAAAUCA